UAGUCUGAGAGGAAUUGUUGUAGGCUUCACAUUAUACUCGGAAAAAUUAAUGAAAAAUGUGGCAUACAAUAGUCCAACUAUUGUUGAUAUUUUCAUUGGCAUUGGCCCAUAAAGAUCCCCAUUUUAUGGACAAUCGUUCAACCAUGGUGCAUUUGUUUGAAUGGACCUGGAAGGAUAUAGCCAAGGAAUGUGAGGAUUUCCUGGGACCCCAAGGUUAUGGAGGGGUUCAGAUUUCACCUCCCAAUGAGGUUCGUGUUCUGGAUAAUAACCCCUGGUGGGCCCGUUACCAACCCGUUUCCUAUAAACUAACCUCACGUUCAGGCAAUGAGGGAGAUUUGGUUGACAUGGUACAACGUUGCUCUAAAGUGGGGGUGCGUGUCUAUGUUGAUGCUGUCAUCAACCACAUGUCUGGUUUUAAGGAUGGAGAAACCUUGGGCACUGCUGGUUCUACGGCUAACUAUAAUCAACGCAGCUGGCCUGCAGUGCCUUAUGGUCCGGCAGAUUUCCAUCCCGCCUGCGACAUUACCAACUAUCAAGAUGCUGUGCAAGUACGUAAUUGCCAAUUGGUCACCUUGGCCGAUCUAAAUCAGACAGUGCCGCAUGUGCGUGACAUGAUUGUCAACUAUAUGAACAAACUCAUAGAUUUGGGUGUUGCCGGCUUUCGUAUUGAUGCAGCCAAACACAUGUGGCCUGAGGAUUUACAGGCGAUCUAUGGUAGACUUAAGAUGUUGCCGACCAGUUUUGGUUUUCCCACAAACAGUAAGGCCUAUAUAUGCCAGGAAGUUAUUGAUUUGGGAGGAGAAGCUGUAAAGAAAACUGAUUACAAUGAUUUGGCUGCUGUAACCGAAUUCCAAUUUUCCAGAGACAUAGGUCUGGUAUUUCGCAACAAACUUUCACUCAACUCCUUGAAAAAUUGGGGGCCCGCAUGGCACAUGCUGCCCUCGACCGAUGCCAUUGUCUUUGUCGACAACCAUGACAAUCAAAGGGGCCAUGGUGCUGGAGGGGCAGAUAUCUUAACUCACAAAGAGCCUGAGCUAUAUAAAAUGGCUGUGGCCUUUAUGUUGGCCCACCCCUAUGGUGGAGUUACGAGAGUAAUGAGCUCCUAUAGAUUCUCCAAUAGCGAUCAAGGACCUCCAGCCACCAAAGAGGGCAUCAUCAAAGGACCCACUUUUCUGCCCAACAAACAAUGCGAUACUGCCAAUUCGGGUUGGGUUUGUGAACAUCGAUGGCCCGAAAUUGUACAAAUGGUUAAAUUCCGUAAUGCUGUUGGAGGUCAGGCUUUGCAGCAUUGGUGGGAUAAUGGGUACAAUCAAAUUGCCUUUUCCCGCGGUAACAAGGGCUUUGUGGCCUUCAAUAUGGAGGCUAAUAAGGAAAUGAGAAUGAUCUUGCAAACUGGCCUGCCCAAGGGAGUCUAUUGUGAUAUCAUAUCAGGCAAUGGUGCCUGUGAUUCAUGUUCCGGUCUAAAAGUGGUCGUAGGUGAAGAUGGCAAGGCUGAAGUGAAUAUGGGCAAAGGCCCUAGGGCUUUGGCUAUUUAUGUCCAUUCGAAAUUAUCUUAGGCUUAUGAAAAGUUUGUGGUUUUAUUAUUAUAACAUAAUAAUAAAAAAAAACACAUAACACAACAUAA